UUCGAGACAGACGCACGUUAGUUCUCGCGUUUUCGCGUACCUUCGCUUGGUAAGGCUGCCUUCGUAGUUCUCGUGCCUAGUGCGUCCGGCCUCGGCAAGUUACGUAACCGAACGUUAACACUUGUGGCGUUCCGUCUCCUUACCAAAACCCUAAACAUGAGCCUGAGACCUGGCCAGCGCCUGCCAAGGGCAACAGCGAUUUCGGGGCCCUACCUGACCGCUGAAAUGCGGCGAGAGCACAGUGACACAGGCGGUGAGCUGGUUGACGAAGGUCACUUGAAAGCCGUGUGUGCCACAAGUGGGUUGCCGAGAAAACUACCUCUGCCCAUGCCUCGAAGGACGGCGGUUAGUCUUCUUCAAGCUGCUGACGAUCAAAUUGUAGCCAUGGAAACGAAGUUACAAUCGAAGGAGGCGGAGUUGGAUCGCUGCAAUGUUGAGAGGCAGCAAAUAUUGGAUCGCUUGAACAGUAUCACCCUUGAGCUCAUGGAACUCAAGAAAAGCUCGGAAGAGUUGGAGCAACGUUGCAAGGCAGCCUACAUGAGGGCUGCAGAGAGGGAACUUGCGUUGAAAGACAACUACAUUGCUAUGCAACGCUUGCAGCAUAGGCUAGCCACAUGCUACGGUGUGAAUGACCAGCUGAUGGAAGAGUCAAGGGCUACGGGACAAUACAGCGCUCAGUUGCCGAAUUUUGUGGCCGAUAUGACGAGACACUUGUUGAAGGCUGUGGAAAAGAAGGCCGCACGCAAACAUAAAAUGAAGAAGCUUACUGCAGAACUUGAAGACAGCAAGAAGGACUUGGAUGAAAAAUCUCAGUUGUACCAGAACACAGUCGACAUUAAGAUGGCUCUGGAAGAGCAGCUCGGAGAGCUGCAGCAGCGUGUUGAGUGUCUGACAGCGGACAAUGCCAAGUGCCAAGACAAGAUGCACUUUCUCGCCCAAGAGCAUAGUACUGUUGUCACACAGAGAGACGGCCUGCAGGAGCAGCUCAGGCUAGAAAAGGAAGAAAAAGCUGUGCUGGAAGAUUGGUUGAAGAAGCUGGCUGGAGGCAUCUGCACCCAGCUGGACGUGGAAAACACGUCAUCGGUGGUGAUCAUGGAAAACUUUGGCAACGUGCUGGGCGAACUGCUACUUGAACUCAACACUCUUCGUGAUGAAAAAGUAGCAAACGACGGCACCAUCAAAUCGUUGACAGCUGACAAAGUUGCCUUGAUGGCUGAUAAAGAGGCUUUAGAAGACAAGGUCAAGGCCUUGAUGAGCUUCAGAAAAUAAAAGAACAUUUGGAAGCUGAAGUGAAGGCUCUGAUGGAGACCAACGAAAAAAUGGCGCAAGAUUUUCGGGACUCCCAGCGCAAAAUGUUGGACUCGUUAGAACAGCUACAGCAUGAAAAUGGAGAGACAGCUGCUGCUGUAGAGGAAUUUUCACAUGACGUUUUGUUGGAUUUACUUGGGCUGCGACAAGACAGUC